GCUACAUCGUGAGACAACUGGUUAUUUCUUCUACUCAAUCUUCUGUCUGUCGGAAUAUACAGAACGUCUUCGCAUUGCCUAUGAUCACUGAACAUGCUGAAUGAUGACGUCCAUUUCAAUGCAAGUAGUUCUCAGUCUUUGCCUUGGAAUUAUCAUCUCACAAAGCUCUCCACCCACUUUGCUCUAUGUCAUUGAUGGAGAGGGCAACAUUUACUACUCAAGCAACAUCUCUCUAACCGUAAUAGCUGACCAACAACAAAAGAUCAUAUGUGAAGCAUAUGGAGCAAGGUCCACUGCAGUAUUGGAAUGGCGUUUACCUGAUGAUAUGGCAGUUGUUCAUUAUGAUCAGUCUGAUUAUAUUCAAGAGGGCUUUUACAUCUCUCAGAAAGCCGUGACAAUAACACCCUCAAGGGAUAACCACGGAAAGAUUCUUAGCUGCAUCGCAUCACAUCAAGAACUAUCAGAAAACCUUCAAUGCACAGUAAAUAUGAAUGUACAUGUUCUUCCUAUGAGUGUGCUGCUCUUUUCAACUGGAGGUAGCCAGUCCCAGUCAAGACUCAUAUACGUUCAAGAAGAUUCACCGACUUCAAUCACUUGUAAAAGUAUUGGGUCAUUCCCAGCGACUGAACUAUCCUUUCAGUUAGAAAGUGGCAAUGGUCUCGGCGAAAGAAUUCUUCCAAAUAUCUCAAGCGAAAGAAGCAUUUUGGACGAUGCUCUGUUUGACACCGAAGGGACUGUAAUCUUACACUUAAAUAUUGUGCAUCAUGGACAGUACAUUAAAUGCUUCGCAUCGCUUGAAGAAUCUGUAGUGGGAUUGGUGUAUGCCGAAGUAAUCGUUAACGGCCCGCCAGGAGGCAUCAAAAUGACUUUCCUUGGGGAUCUGUACGACGACAUAGAAAUAAAUAUAUCCUGCAAUGCUGUUAAUGGAUACCCCGCACCGUUAAUUCAUUGGUACAUUGGAUCAACAAAUCUUACAGAGGAUUCAUCUUUAAACACAAGUGAAAAUACAGCUGGUCGAUAUGAUGCUGAAAGCACGCUUACUCUAAUACCGACGAGAUUUGACAAUGGGAAACAACUUCUCUGCCGGGCACUUCAACCUACAACACUCAAAGCUCGUUCGGUGAAUCAAAGCUUGGUUCUGAACGUAACGUAUGCUCCCGUUGUGUCAAUUACUGUCCGACGUCGUACAUCGAGCAAAGCAAGUGGGACUACUGAGCUCGUGUUGAUAUGUAAAGUGGACGCUAAUCCUCUUGUCACUACCUUCGUUUGGCUUUGCAACGAAACUGUAGUGUCCAAGGACACCAAUAACUACAGAUUCAUCGAUACAAUAUCGGAAAACGCAACACUAACGUCCAGUGUACUUGUGAUUCAAAACCCACUCUCCAAGUAUUAUUCUGUUUAUAAAUGCACCGCUGUAUCAGAAUAUGGCUCGGGAAGUGCGGUAUUCGAUUCCCUUUAUCUGUCCAUCCCAGAUCCACCUUCUCGGCUCAUCGUCGACCAAAACCAGACGACAUCUUCAACUCUCUUCAUUGCCUGGCAACCAGGGUUCGAUGGUGGGUUUCAACAGACGUUCAAUCUGGAAUACUGUACCAACGACACAAAGCCAAAGGAGGACGAGUGUGGUGUUGUCACCAACUUGACAAAGUCAUCUUUCAGACUUAAUGGACUGAAUCCUUUCACCUGGUACCGGUUGACACUGUGGGCAGAGAACAGCGCAGGGAAUAGCAGCACGGUGACAAUAGUGGCUUCAACAGCUCCACUUCAACCAGAGAACUAUGGCGUAAGCGUUACUCGAGUCAAGGAGGGAAAAGUACUUAAAAUAUCGAAAGAAAAUAAGUCGGAGGAAGUCUGCUUUGUUUUGAAGACCUCACAAGAGAGUUGUCCUCUUGUGAAUGAAUCAAAGUGCAUUGGCAACGAGACAGAGAUCAUCAUUGACCCGGAAGAUGACGUAGUUGUGGUGACCUAUGGGAGAGGGUUGUGUAGUGAACCAGCCGAUAUAAAAGAUCAACCUGGUCAGAAAGUUCCAUCAAAUAACCGAGGAACUCCUUACAUGAUAAUUGCUAUUGGUGUGAUUGCUUCAAUCGGUGUCAUCAUAUUAAUCUCACUUGGUCUGAUGUACUUUUAUGGAUUGAUGUGCUGUACCAAACGGAAAAACGCCAACCGAAAUGCAACUCAACAUCAAGACAGUAUGGAGGGACAAGAAAUCUAUACUGAACUCGCAAAGGGCCGGCCAUCGCACUCCUCAGGGCAAGGUACAAGCUACUACAUGGACCUAAAGCCCACCAAUCCUACAUCAACCGCCGAAGCGACCUCCGAAGGCAGGGGAGACCAUGACUAUGAAACUCCCAAUGUUUCUAAUACCGCAUAUAUGGAUGCAGACAGUAAAGACGGACACAGGCCAAACCAUGACUACGUAAGCCCUAGUUCUUCUCCAUAGGGUUCUGAAAGUCAAUAGUGGGUUUUCGCCCAGCGUCGUACGACGUAGAACGUACGUGUGCAAAAAUCGCCAACUUUCAUGGAAACAGAGGCCCGAGCGUUCUUGAGCUCAAAUCACGGACGGUUCUUCCGCAAAUUAGCGGGCGUCCGCAUUAGAACGUAGGAUUUGUCAACAGCCGUCAACAGCCAAUCAGAUCGCUUGUAGAGCGAGCAAGCUGAGCCGAUCGAUGUAAACACAUUCGCCCAUCGCGUGCAUGCACAUGUUGUACUCUACUCUGACUACACUGAUAGCUGAAAGCUUCAAAACAUGGACUCGAAUGCGAGUUUUUCGGUGAGUACCAUUUCAAUUAUACUAAAAUCAAGCUAAGUAUAAUUUCAAAAUGUUACAGUAGAAGUUUAAACGAGUAUGAUUAUUGAAAUAUGAUUGAAAAGCCGUUGCAUGGCUCGGUCGACGACGCGACUGCAAGACACAUGGCACUGCCAGUUGUGUGCACAUAGUAGGAACAUAUACAAUGCACAUGUUGGCGUGUCAACAUUACAUGCCAACCAUGCCAGCCGGUCGAUCCGGCCGCGUUCAGCGAUUUGCGAAACUGCUUACAAGCGAGAGUUGAGCGCGACGGACGCACGAACAAAGAGAUCGUUCUACGUCGUAGAUAGCGUCGUACGACGCUGGGCGAAAACCCACUAUUAUAUGAAUACCGACGGUAUGGUACUUGAGAGUGAGCCUGAUGACCGACAGUCCAUCAACCAUCUUCACUCGGGAGAAGGAGAUGGAGAUGAGACUACGACUCACAUUUAUAUGGAUAUGAAACCUAUGCAGAUGCCGUCAACUUCUCUUGGUGUGUCUUCCAUGGAAGAUGACCUACCGGAUACAGAAGAAGUUGUGUAUGCCAAUACAUGAUAAAUGAUAGGAAUUUGCGACUCAUGAGACUGGGGACAUUUUGUUCUUUCGCACGAAAUAAGGAGAAAUUGUCAAUCACCUAAGAUUUCCUCUAAAUGAAAGUAGGAACUCGAGUUAAGGUUGAAAAUAAACUUUGCCUAAAACAAUAGAAAUGAGAUGAUUUUGUUUUGUAAUAGGGCUAGAUAUACAUUUAAUAUGUUUAAUGCUCCAAAAGAGACAUAUAAAAAACCUUAAAGUUCAAUUUGUAUUGGUGGCAAAGUUUUAUCAUAUUCAAAUAAGCAAUUCAGUAUUUUCCAUCAUUUUGUUUGAUUCGAUUCCUUCAUCUAGUACACAAUAUGCAAAUUUGAUUAAUAAACCCAUCCCCAAUUUUGAUGCUACAUAUUUUAAAUUUAAGAACUACAUGUAGUAUAUGUCUGAUUAAAAACAUGACAACACUUUUACACACCUUUUACACGUAAGAAUCACAUGAAUGCCAUGUAAGUUUAUUAAAAUUAAUGAUGAAGAACAAUCUGUAUUAAUCGUAUAUUUUCAAGUGACAAAUAUGUUUUCUACGCUUUUCCUGAUAAGAAGAAAACAAAUAUUAUGGCAUUGCUGUCAUUUAUUUAACACAUGCUUUCUGUACGUAAAUCCAUCGAUUGAUCGUCUUCAAUUGAGCGUAAGGUGAAUCAUGCAGAGUAUAAAUAUGUAUUUUGUUGUUGCACAUGUUUAAACAUGUACAUAUUAAACACCAAAAAUAUAUUGUCUUAUUAACAGACGAAUUUCAAACUUGUUUCUACUCUGCUACUGAUUUUUUUUAAAUAUAUCAUCGAUGUUUUUAUUUAAUAAUAUAUAUAUAUAUAAUAAUUUUGAUAUCAAAUUUUGAAUUAAAACAUAAUAUGCAAUGUAAAUUAAUAACGGAUUAUGUUACCCUUACUACGGCGUUUCUAAAUUAAGACUUAGAGUCAUGUUGUAUGAUGACUUUGGUGUUUCUUCUACCAAAACAAAACGAUAUCUUUUACCAUACGUUUCUUAAUGAACAAAAUUGCUUCAAAACGAAAUCAAGUUGUGAAAUAUAAAUGUUGAUAUAAUUAUAAAUAAAUAUGUUUAUUAGUGUAAUUGUUGCUUUCGAAUGAAACUGAUAACCUAGAAGAUUUACCGUUGUGAACUGUAUCGAUGAAAUCAAGAUGAUAUUAUGGUGAUACUGUGAAUAUAUCAACCCCAUUACAAAUAUUGAUACUGCAUUGCUAUGAUACUACACGGAUGAGCGUUACUUGUCAUAUCUUUUAUUGCAAUUUAGAAAUAAGUAAGUAAUCUAUGAUGAAUUGCAUUAGUUUAAUCCUGUAUUAACUUUUUUUGUAUAUAUUCUACAAAAAAGAUGAAGUCAUCAGUUUCUAUAUUAACCUUCACAAUUUCCAAUUGUUGAAAUUAACUAUGAACAUUAUAUCGUAGUAUAGUGCCAUAUAUUUUAGCAUUUCACAUUAAACUCUUGUAGAUAAAUUUCAGUUGCAGAGAUAAUUUCUCUUUUAAUUAACGUAGUCAUUAUUCAUUCACUAUUAUACCAAUUAAUUUAGGCAUACUAAUAUACGGGAUAAGUAUAUUUUUAAAUGAAAAUAACUCAAUCUUAAUAAACAGUUUUGAUUAUUAAUAAGCAUCAUCAUUCAAAUAUACUCUACUUUUGUGCAGACAUGGUAGAAGCUUAAUAAACGCACUGUAGAUUUAUCAUUUACAUUAUUCAUUACUAUUCUAUAUUACGUGCGACAUUCCCUUGGUAGACAGAGAUGUAUUUGAUGAAAAAGUUGGAUUAUCGAUAAACUCCAUCAUGAUAAAUGCACUCUAUAAUGCGUACACAUUGAGAUUCUUUUAUUAUUAUUUAUUGUUCAUGCGACAUUCCAUUGGUAGACAAAAAUGUUUCUAGUACACUAGUAAUGCUAUUUUUGUUAAGUCUUGAAUAUUAAUUCAUAUAAUGAAAAUGGUAUGUUGUAGAUAUCGUGGUUUUUUUUCCAAGCAUGCCCAGUGCCAUAUCCAUUCUUUUGCUCCCAUUGGAUGCAAAACACAUGACUCUUCUACUAUUGUUAUGUCAUGUCUACGAAGAUGUUAUUUGUCUUCGCAUUAAACUUUUUUGUUUUAAACCGGUAAAAAUUCUGAACAUCGUGACGCAAAUCAAAUUGCAAAAAAGAAAGGAAACAAAUAGAAAUAUUGAUUAACCGUUGCCAGCAUUGGGGUUCACAGCUGCCUGCGUGAUGCUCUGCCCUGUGCAGCAUUUCAUAAAACAAAAUAAAAAAUGAUAUGAGCCAAUCAGUUGUAAAGAUUUCAGUGGCUUAUCACAAAUUAUAGUCGGUAAUAUCAAUGGAUACGUGGAGCAGUUUCAUGAAAUGUUCCCCCUUUCCACAUCAGGCAUGUCUGAGAUACCCGUGUCCUACCAGUUACAUGUCUUUUGAACGUGGGUAAUGUCAAGGAGGUAUCGAUAUAGUGAUUCAUCCUUGGUAAAAACAUCUACUAGUAGGUCCAUGGUAAAAUCAAUUGUUUGAAAGUAUCGCCUGUACGUCAUUAAAGAUAACAUUACCAUGCGUCAACAUGAAAAAUUCUUGCAGUGCACUAAUAAAUUGUUCUGUUUCAUU